AUGGCCUGGGGGCCGGCGCGUGCCGACCCGGCCUCGCUUGCGCCCACCCGGCGUGAGGAUGCCCUGAGCAGAGCUGGACCGGCGGGGCGCCAGGUGCGGGCGGCUCGGCCUGGUGGCGGGACUGGGAGCUGGAGCCCGGGUCGCAGCGCCUGGAUCCCCGGUGCGCACCUGCCCUCCCUGCCCACCCGGGCCCGGCAGCCGUCGGCCAGCCGAGGGGCGCUGCAGGCCCUGCUGCUGCAGCCGCUGCGGCCGACCGACGCGUCCCGGGGGUCGGAGGCCCGGAGUCCCCGUCCGGCUGAGGCCCCCGACGCCCUGGGGUCGCUCCUGGGCUCGCUGCUCCCCAGCAAGUUCCCAGAGUUCCUGCGCCAAGUGCGCGGAGCCGCAGCACAACAUCCCAAGGAUGUGUCAGAGUACUGCCUAGGUUCUCCCCAGUGUCCCAACUGCUCCUUUCUCCCAAACCUGUGGAACCAGUCAUCCAACUUGCAGGGCAGUCUUGGAGAGAAACUUACCCUUGGGACACCAAGAGGUGAAUUCACCACGGUGAAAAAGGCCGACCACAGCCUCCACAGCAUGCAGGUCCUGAAGGUCAAGGCUGUGGUCAUUCAUAGCCCCUCUGGAGAAGGCUUGAGACCCCGAAAGCGUUACUGUCCAUUCCGGGUCUGAUUUGCGGAUGAGACUGUUCAGGACAUGGCGCUCCGCUACUGGGAACACAACUGUACAGUCCAGCAGAAUAUUUUCCACUGUGAGCAGACCGCCUCAACAGCUGUGUCCGUGUCGGAGCGGGUGCUUGGGAGUGUUGGGAGAUGACUGGAGAGUCUCCCCAGAGCCCUGCGCCCCAGGGUCCAGGACACUGUGGCUGGCUCCUCAUACUGGGACUGCCCCCGAGUGCUAGCCCAGAAGCCACGGGUCUACCUUUCUGAGGAUUCCUCCAUGAGCAGCAGCCUGCCCUUCAUCCCCAGGGCUGCCACCCCAAGGGCUCCGGGGGGCCUCAGGACAUUCUUGGACACUCCUAGCACGAUGGAGCAGGUUGGCAAAUCGAUCUGUUCCUGGAACCAGAAGCUGGAGUCUUUUCUGCCCAGCUUGGUGCUGAAAUCCACCCUGAAGCCAGGCCUCCCCAAGGCCUACCAGCUCCUCCUGCCUUCCACAAACAAGCAGCAGACUCAGCAUUGAAUGCCUGCAGGAACCCCAGCCCAGGGGUGCACCCAGGCCAGGUACUGAGGAGAGUGCUCCCUCACCCCACAAAUAAACACACCUCCCAGGUGGCUGGGAUGGGUCACUAGGUG